AUGCAGUUAACAAUCUUCUUAUGUGUUCUGUGCUUCUUCAACGCCUGCUAUUUGUUAUCGUUAGCGGCUGACACAUCUGAGAACAAUCCAUUCGAAGAAAAAACUCUCAAUGGACAGGAAAUACGGGAGGCUGCGUUGUCUCUAAGAAGAGGCGGAGUUAGCGCAAAACCGAGACUGGAACAUUACCUACUGAGGCUAGUUAGAGCAAACAGCAGUGAUUCAGGGCGAUCGAAAGACUUCCACACCAAGGUGGAGUUCAAGACUAUCGAGGGCACCGCCAAGUCGCCCAGUGACUACAUUGCGAAGAAGGGAAUCCUCCACUUCGAGCCAGGCGACUUCAUCAAAACCAUCGAGGUGGAGAUAGUGAAUGACGAGAUCUUUGAGGAGGAGGAGUACUUCACUGUGCUGUUGUCCAAUAUGGUGAACCAGAGUGAGGCGAGUGUCGUGAGUGGGGGCAGUGGGGUGAGCAGGAGCAGGAGCACCAAGAAUAAGGGGUCCACCGGCAGCAACCGCGAAGACCAGGCGGCCUCUGAGACUCUGCCGUGUCUGUUGACUGAGGACGAAGCCAGAGUCAUCAUUCUGGAUGAGGACCAUAGGGGCAUCUUCGCCUUCCAACUGGAACAGACCGAGGUGGAGGAGAAGGAGGGAGAAGUCAUACUCACAGUCAAGCGCUGGAAAGGUGCUAGAGGAAUCGUUGAUAUCCCAUUCACCACUGACGAGUUCACGGCCAAGCCGGAGAAGGACUACACUCACACGGAGGGGGUGCUCAGGUUCGAGGACGGAGAAGUCUCCCGCCAGAUCAUCAUCCCAAUCGUCAACAGCAGGGAGUAUGAGAAGGACAAGAUGUUCCAUGUGAGGCUGAGUGAGCCGAAGACGAUCACGACUGAGGAGGAGAGACUGAAGAACAGGGUACUCACCAAACAGGAGAGGAUGAUCGACGUCAAAGGAGAGGCUCGUCUGGGCCAGAAAGUGUCUUGUUUGGUGAAUAUAGUGGAGGCUAAGAAGCUGAAGCACCAGAUAGACGACCUCUCCAGCAGACUCACUGCAGCAGACAUCAUCCGAGAGACCAGCUAUUGCGACCAGUUCAGAGAAGCGGUCACCGUACAGGGAGAGGUGGAUGAGGAGACGGGAGAAUUGAAGAAGCCAUCGAGGUGCGACUGGUGCUGUCACGUGUUCACAGUACUGUGGAAGAUACUGUUCGCCUUCAUCCCCCCACCCGGCAUGUGUGGGGGCUGGCUCUGCUUCUGGGGGUCCCUGUUGGGAAUUGGGCUGCUGACAUGGACCAUAGAGAUUGUGGCCACUAAUCUGGGAUGUGCUGCAGCAAUCAUGGACAUCGUCACUGCCAUAUCUAUUGUGGCACUUGGUACGAGUCUUCCUGAUACAUUUGCAAGUCGAGCAGCCGCCCUUGCCGACGACAAUGCCGACGCUGCAAUCGGAAACGUCACAGGAUCGAACGCCGUCAACGUAUUCCUAGGAAUCGGCAUAGCGUGGCUCAUGGGAGCCAUAGUUCAAAACAUACGAGGAUGUGAGUUUAUGGUGGAACCGGGUGACCUAGGGUUCAACGUGGUCAUUUUCACAACUUUAGUCAUUCUUGGAAUGUGUGUGGUCAUCUACCGUCGCUUCUCCAAAAGCAUAGGCGCGGAGUUGGGCGGCCCAAAGAGCAGUAAAAUCGUCACUUCUAUAAUCCUGCUGAUGUUCUGGGUUAUUUACCUCACUCUAGCUACGUUGUCGGCCUAUCAAGUGAUAAAACCAGGAUUCUAG